AAUUUGUUUUAUAAUUUGUUAUACCCGAAUAACUCCAUUAUUUUUUUUUAAAUUCGUUAUUUAGCAUUCUAAUUAUACUUCAAUGUUUUUUUUUAAGUAAAACAAACAAUUCACCCCGUUUAUCGCUAUUUUCGCUGUACCCGAUGGAGCCACCUGGUGGUUCAUGUGGUGCGCGGCAAUUUUCCCUGCACACAGUGUUUUUCCAACUUUCACUGUUCCAUUGUUUCACUUUCAUUACGACUUGGCUGGUAAUGUUCUGCUGCGACCGCUACCAUAUACCGUGCAUCAUUGUAUUGGGCAAGCAACAGCACACUGCACAUUUGCAUGCAGCCAACGCGCCCAUAGUGCAACUCAGCAAUGGUCUCUCAUACUCUCUCUCUCUCGCUGUGAACAAAUUUUCCCCACGUACCACUACACGCGAAACAUAAAGCCGGUUGCAAAAACCCGGUUACUUCUCUGUCUGUGUAUUUUUUGGGAAUAUGUACAUCGGUGCUUUCCCUUUCGCUUGCACAUUGGCCCUGUCUCGCUCGGGCAUCACCAACGUUGGGAAGUUGAAGGUUGCAUUUUGACAAUUUGCACACCCCCUUUGUGCAACACCGUCCCCCACCCCCUCCACCCCAUGCACCCGUGCAAAAGCUAUGUACAAACUGUGUGUGUGUGUGCGCUUUUUUAUUUCUUGCUGCUUGUCGCGUUUACUCUCCACCCAUCGUUGAUGCACCAACCAACCACUCCCCGGCGUUGUGUUUUCACUGCGAGAGUCGCGUCGCAGGUUCCCCAUAUUGGCUAUCCGGCGAAAAAGGACUCUCUCUCUCUCUCACCCCUCUUACAACAGAAGAGCGAAUUUAGGUGAAAUGCCGAGACUGGGAGCCCUCAACCCCAACGGGCUUCUGCGUUCUCUUUCACACUCCACAUCAAAGCGAGCAGUGUUGCCUUCCUAUCUGUCGUUCUCUCUCGCUCGCUCUCUCGCUCUCUAUCACAUACCCCCAUGCCUUCUGGAGCAAAGGUUUCAUCUCGCGAGAGAACACACACACACACACACCCCAUGACGGGUCGGUUGCUCCGGACCAGCUAAAAUAGAAAACAGAGAAAACGCACUCAGUCUGUAAUAUGCUCUUUAUCCGUUCGGCGGCACCAGCAGCAGCAGCCGCACUUGUGAUCCCGGUGGAAUUAUUAUUAUUUUGUUGAAAAGUCUGGCCCAAGGUUGGUUGUCCCGUGUGUGACGUGCGUGAGUGUGCGGAAGGUUCAAAAUUUCGCGCGCGACCAGUGGAAGCCGUUCCGUUUGUUUGGCACGAGUCACAGCAUUAUUGUUACAUCCUCACCAAAAACAAAAAGAAAAGCGUUUGUACGGUUUUUUACCCCCUCGGUAUGUGCAGACCCGGAUGAACAGGGAUGCUUGCUUCAUCUGUGCAUCGUUACCAGCGAGUGUAAACGGCUCCUUCACGAUCAUCGAAACUUAUCCAAAAACAAAGUGCAACAAAUUUUCGACCACCUAACUAACACACACAACACAAGAAGGAUCGUAUGAAAACUCCAGCUUCCCAGCGCCGUACAACACAAAGUUCAACAUCAGCAACAGACAGACACGGAUGAAGAUGUAGCCAUCACCGAGCACUACCAGGAACCGACCGUCGCGACGUUGCGCGUUUGAGUUGUCCGUUUGUUUUUCUUCGGUUUCUGUUUUUUUUUAUUUUGCUGCUGAAAAUUAAAACCCAAAAUUCUCGCUGCAACCACAGUGUUAGUGAUAUUGUGUUCCGGAGUGGAAAAAAAAAAAAAUCGUCAAACCUUCGUGUGGUUCUAAAGUGCGUUCAAAAGCUUCCCUACGAGUGACUUUUUUUUGUUGUUGUUGACGUUUACUGGCUUUUAAGUGAUCUAGCGGAUGUCCUUUUCGGGAGAACAUUACUAAGUUUGCUUCGUAUUGCGUUCGAUCAUUAACUCCCCUGUUUGCACCGCACGUCACCGAGAGUCCAGUGCAGAUAUGAGUUGCCGUCAGCAGUGCACCGCAUCUCGAAACCAGCUGUGCUUGUGAAGUGAAAAAUGAUACGAACAGCCGAAAAAGCCAUGCAAUAAUAUUAACUAAAAAAUUUUACGGUGUGAUUAGUUUGUUUCACCCAUCCACCCACCCAAAAUCCCAAAAUCUCAAGGACGAACCCCUGCAGCGCCCGGAGCAGCAUUUGGUUGUGCGAAAUUGUGAAACUAUUUAAAACUGCAUUAACCAUUCAGGGGUGGAUGGCAAGUAGCGUUUGGACUGGAUAGAGCUAAAUCCCAAAAAAAAAACGAAAGGGUCAUUAAUUUGUUGGUGCACCUCACCGCCCCGCCCCGCGCCCCCACGGUAUCAUCUAAAUGUUGCGAAAAUAAUUAUUAGUAUGGAGAGUGAAAAUUCUACGGUUGGAACUUCUGCUGCCCGGUGCUAUCGAUGAAACGUUCGGCACACUUUCGGUCCAGUUUCCAGUUUGUGUUGUCGUUGUGCGGUGCGUUUGUGGGUCCCUUCCCAUGCGUGCUUUAGUUUUGAAACCCAUCUCAAGCAAACGAUACGCCGCGAUAACCGUGUUGAUAGUUGAUUUGGUUGCGUGCGUUGUGUGUGUGUGUGUGUGCGCCCGUGAUUGAUUGAAACGUGUGUGCGUGUGUAACUAAGACUAUGAUUUGAGCCUUGGAAGCCGGGGAUUAGAAGGUGGAAGGAAUCCGAGAGAAUCAGCGCGCUGUCGAACUGUGGUGUCUUCCUGGUUGUUCCUUCCGUAAUCUGUUACAUUGUGAUGACGAUAAAUAAAUGCAACCGAUAAUAACGUGAACGAUGCGACGAGAAAAGCGUAGCAGAACACACAAUCAUUUUGGUUUUUUUCUUUCGUUGCCUCCUUUACAGACACACUCCGCUCGAUCGAAACACGAUCGAAUCGGGAAACAGAAACAGAGUUAAGAAAAAACAGUAACUAGAAAGAAAUAGAAAUCCCACACCAAGGGCUGGAACCGUUAUUCAACAGGAUGGCUCACUGAACCUAGAGACCUAGCGGCUUGCUUCCCCGGUUAACUGGAAGCCUUUACUUUUUUUCGCUCAACCUUCGUACUGCAUCCCGGACGCCUGCAAAAGGACACGGCGAAUCAAGUGCUAUUCCAGACGUAUUCCCAAGGAAUUCAAGAACAGGAAGAAUCAUUCAAAGUUCAGCACCUGGGAGUGUGUCGCUGAAGGAAUUAAAAAAAUUCCCUUCCUUCCCGAAGCACCACCACCACGCAAGAUGGCGAUCAAUUUUUCGGCCUCGUUUGCUGCCUGUCUCGCGGCCGGCCUGAAGGUGCCGCGCCAGAUCAUGUACUGCAUCUCGCAGGACACGGCCCCGUACGUGCUGUACAAGGACUCGCAGGAGGCGGCCGAGCGUGGGGCAGCGGCGGCAGCCGCCGUCCAGUGGGGCAAUGCCGAGGGCCCAGCCAUCUACCAGCAGAACGCGCAGAACCACCUGCAGGCACACAUGAACGGGGCGGCAACGCAGCAACAGCUCGUGGCUGCAGCGGCCGCUGCCGCCGCUCAGCACCAUCAGCAGCAGCAGCAGCAACACCAUCAGCAAACUACCGCCAAUCAUAGUCCGCCGAAUCAGGACAAUAGGCCACAGCAACCGGGUGAACAAGCGAAUGGUCAUCUACACAGCCCGGCCACUAGUCCGUAUCCUGCGAAUAACGGUCCAGACAUAGAAGAAGAUUUGAUCAAGGUACAAAGCAUGCAACAAGCCGUUCAGCAUCAGCAGCAGCAGCAGCAGCAGCCGAACGGCCAGCAACAGUUAGUCCAGCAGCAGCAGCAGCAGCAGCAGCAAGGUGGCAACAACUCGUCCGGUGCACACCCGAACGAUCCAAACCAGCAGGGCAACCAAUCGGCACCGGGCGGCGGAGGUAACGGUGGUGGAGGAAACGGUGGCGGUGGUGGUGGAGGACCACCCGGACCGCCCGGCUGUUUCGGGAACGAAGCGUCCCAGGCCGAGCUGAACUAUUACGCCCAGCGCCAUCACGCCGGACCACAGGGCGCCAUGUUGCCGCCGCCGGGCUUUGCCCCACUCCACCACUAUCUCAACAAGACGGGCGUCCUGCCGGUCGGUAUGCCAACCGGGCUCGACCAAUCCGGUGCACUGGAGCAGUACGGCAUGCCAGACCUGCUCCACGGUGGUGGUGGUGGUGGCGGCGGAACGGGAGCAACCGCACCCGGUGGAGCACCUGGUGGUCCCGGCGCCAACCAGCAGCUGCACCACUCACCCACGAACGGUGUCGCAACGGGCCCGAACGGUGCCGGCGCAAACACGGGCAACACCGGCACCGGUACCGGUGCCAGUCACUCGAAGUCGAAAAACUCGGACCUCCGGCUGUUCAAGUGCUUAACGUGCGGGAAAGACUUUAAGCAGAAGAGUACGCUGCUGCAGCACGAACGCAUCCACACCGAUUCGCGCCCGUACGGGUGCCCGGAGUGCGGGAAGCGGUUCCGGCAGCAGUCGCACCUGACGCAACACCUGCGGAUACACGCGAACGAGAAACCGUUCAGCUGUGCGUACUGCCCGCGCAGCUUCCGGCAGCGGGCCAUCCUGAACCAGCACAUCCGCAUUCACUCAGGUGAUAAGCCGUUCGGCUGCCCGUAUCCGGAAUGCGGCAAAAAAUUUCGACAAAAGGCCAUAUUGAACCAACAUGUGCGCACCCAUCAAGAUGUUUCUCCGCAUUUGAUCUUCAAGAACGGCCCGCACGCAACGCUCUGGCCCCAGGAUGUGCCGUACCCACCGGAGCUCGAAAACGCACAGCCCAAGGACGAACAAACGUUCGGUGACGAGGCGUCCCAGGGCGGUGGGGAAUCGCGCGGUUGCUUCUCGCCGGACAACUAUCCGGCCUACUUCAAGGACGGCAAGGGUGUGAACCAUUCGAUCUUCGGCAACAAUCUGCAGUAUCUGAACAAGGCUACCGGUGGCAAAGCGAUACUGCCCGACGUGAUCCAGCAUGGGCGCUCGGCCGGUAUGCCGCUGUACGUGCGCUGCCCGAUCUGU